AUGUCCGGAACCAUCUACGAUCUAGCCAAACUGAAGCCUUUAAUUCGAAGCAUGGUGAUGUCGCAUCGAAACCAAUCCAUGGCCGUGGAUGAGCUGGAACGGGAUUUCAAAGCGAUCGAAGGUUUCACGAUUCCCUACAAACAGUUAGGAUACACGAACCUUUUCAAUCUGCUACACUCCAUGCCGGAUAUUGUGCAGGUUAAGCUGAGAAAUGGAUACCCGAUAGUUACCUACGUUACUACAGCGGCGGUAGAGCACGUGGAACAUUUGAUACAGCGAAACAAAAGAGGCCGUAACAAGCAUGUACGGUUGGACUAUUCGCCAAAAAUAUACCCUCAACCUCCUCAAUCCACUGUGACGAGAAUUGAACCAGUUAGGACAAGACAUCAUUCCGAAAUGGUUCAAACUUCUCCAACAACGAUGAGCUCCUCAGAAAAGACUCACCAAACGAAACCAGUAAUGAAGGACGCGAAUGAACAAAGCAACGAACGCAGGGCACAGAUCCUUUCUACCGAGAAUCAGCCACCUGUAGUGGAACAAGUGCUUGCUGCCGAGUACCACUCACCAGCAGUGGAACAAGUUCUUGCUACUAACAAUCAGCCUCGUGCAGUAAGACAAGCCCUCGCAGCCAAGACUCAGCCACUUGCAGUUGGACAAGCCCUCGCAAUUAAGAAGCCGCCACCAGCUGUGGAACAAGUCUUCGCUGCCGAGAAUCAGCCAUAUUGUGCGAAGGAAACAUAUGAAGGUUUGAAUGAAACCUGCGAACAUGUCGGUACCAUGAUGGGAUGGAAACCGUCCACAGACGAGUGGGACAUCGUGAACAUGAUGGGUUUGUCACCCAACGUUAUGCAAUUUGGGUCCACCAUUCCGAAGCCGAAGCUCUCCCGCUACUUCGAGGUGAAUGCGGAAGUACCGGUACGCAUCCAGCACAUUUUCAAUCCUAACCGUAUCUGGCUGCGUAGUAUGAAGCAAGAUUUGAUCAUAAACCGGCUCACGAAAGAGCUAAAUCACUCUUACGGUCUAAUAAAAACUGACGAUUGGGACUUGGAACCGAGCCAAGUACAGUAUGGACUGUACUGUGCCGUACAGAUGGACGGUAACUGGUACCGGGCAAGAAUCGUAGGACCGCUGAUAGGGUCUGUGGCGAAGCUAUUCUUCAUCGACACCGGUCUGGUGGAGAACGUCAACUAUCGACAUAUCAAGUUCCUGUUCGAUAUGUUCAGCUCUGUACCGGCGCAGGCCAUACGUGCCUCGCUAGCAUGUCUCAUCCCAAAGGAAAUGGCGUGGACCAGAGCAGAGUCCGAUCAUUUGGCCACACUGAUCGCUUCUUACGGCGAAAAGCCUCUGUCAGCUUUAACGUUUUCCAUUAAUUAUAAGCACGCUGUAGUAGACAUUGUACUGAUCGAUGAUAUGCGAAACAAUCUGUGCGAAACAUUUGCCGCUAAAAUUAAUGCCCGCUGGACCGGAGCAUUCUAUCUGCCGCUCGAAAAAGUGAUUACGAAUCUAAUCUACUUGCAAAUCCCGCAGCGAGAAAUGUAUUUAAAAAAGAGGCCUAGCUUCAACGAAAAGCUUCCCAGCUUUUAUUGCCUUGAGGAGGGUCAUUUCCCAACGCUCGAGGAAUUGCGGCACUUUCAAAUGCGAUCCUUUGACUAUGAAGAGUACUACACCCGAAUGCCACACUUUGAGAAGAACGGUGUGGUAGAGAAAAUUGGACGAGAAACCAAUGAAAUUUUGGUUAAGCUGCACGGUAUUGUGAGUGUUAAGGAAGCGGAGGAAAUGCAAUUGGACAGGACUUCACGGGUUGGAGAACGGGUGGAACAGUUUGUCGUAUAA